CCUCCUCCUCCGCAGGAAGGAGUGGGCGGGACUUGCGCCCUUUCUUCCUCCGCCGGGCUGUCUGUCAUUGACCCAGUCAGUGAGGGAGUUGAGUGAGGGAGCGCUCUUUCCGCCAUGGGCGCCCGCCCCAGCAAGGACCUGCUUCUCCCGCCGCCGCCGCCGCCUUCCUCUUCGUCGUCCUCCUCCUCCUCCUCGUCUUCCCCUGCCGGGCAGGGCGGGAGCCCUCUCUCGGCGCGUCGGCGGCGGCGCCUCUUGUCCUCGGCCUCGUCCUCGUCUCCGCAGAGCAGCGCCUGGGAGAAGGGCGAGCUGCUCCUCUCCUCGCUGGGCCUGGCGCCCCCCCCGCCUCCCCACCCUCCCCCCGCAGCCCCCCCCUCCCCGGAAGAGGGCGCCCCCUACCUGCGCCGCGUGGGACUCAUCCAGGAGAUGCUGCGCCUCGCCCGGCAGGGCCGCCCCCUACCUGCCAACCUCCUCCUGCGACGCCUCAGACAGGACCUGGGCAUGGAGUCCACCUCACUGGACGACGUCCUCUACCGCUAUGCCAGCUUCCGCAACCUGGUGGACCCCAUCACCCACGACCUGCUCAUCAGCCUGGCCCGCUGCAUCCACUGCCCCAAGCCGGAGGGGGAGGCCCUGGGUGCGCUGGAGAAGCUCUGUCGGCAGCUGACCUACCACCUCAGCCCCCACUCGCAGCAGGGGCACCGGCGCCAAGGCCUGGUCAAGAAGAAGCCCCAGGCCAGCCUGAAGGCCCUUCUGUGCCGCCCGCCUCCCCCGGGCUCGUCGCUAGACCUGUCGGGGAUCCCGCUGGGCCCCAAGGAACUGGAGCGGCUGUCGGCCUUCCUGCGCGGGGAAGCGGGCCGGCGGGUGGAGAGCCUGUCGCUGGGCUUCACGGAGCUGACGGACGAGCUCUUCCUGGGGGGGCUGCUCCCAGUGCUGGCACCUCUCCCACGCCUGACCGCGCUCUCGCUUAACGGGAACCGGCUGACGCGGGCGGUGCUGCGGGAGCUGACGGAGGCGCUCAAGGACCCCCGGCGCUUCCCCUGCCUGGCCUGGGUGGACCUGGGCAACAACGAGGACAUCUUCUCCCUGCCGCAGCCCUUCCUGCUGGCGCUGCGCCGGCGCUGCCCCCCCGCCCAGGGCGCCCUGCCCACCAUCCUCGAGGCCGAGCCCCUCCAGACAUGAAGCCGGCUCCAACCAAGCAGCAUCGCCAUUACCAUCGCCGGGGUCCGCUCGGCCUGCGGGAGAGGAGGCCAGAGAGCAGAAGCGUUCGGACAUUUGCAAGGGGGAAGGAGGCUUGUUUCCUGCCGCUUCUGAGCCAUGGCUUCUAAAGAAAGAGGAAACAAGCCUAAGUAAGAGACUUCACAUGCUUGCCUUUUCAAAAGCAGGCUUUGUUUACUUCUGCAGACUUGGGACUCCAUGCAGCCAUGGCUUCAAAUGAACAUAGGCAGAAGGAAGUGAGCUAAUGUGUUUAGAUAUCUACAAGAAGCUUUGUUUAUUUCUGCAGACUGGGACUCAUCAGAGCAAUGCCUUCCAAGGAAAGAGGAAACAAGCCCAAGGAAGGCACCUGAUAUGCUUAACUAUUCAAAAGCAGGCUUUGUUUACUUCUGCAGACUUGGGACUCUGUGUAGCCAUGGCUUCCAAUGGAGAUGGGCAACAGGAAGUGAGCGGAUGUGUUUAGAUGCCUACAAGCAAGCUUUGUUUACUUCUGCAGAUGUGGGACUCCAUGCAGCCAUGGCUUCCAAUGGAGAUGGGCAACAGGAAGUGAGCUACCUAUCAGAAAGCAUGCCUUACUAGCAGGCUUUGUUUACUUUUGCAGACUUAGGAUUCCGUGCAGCCAUGGCUUCCAAUGGAGAUGGGCAACAGGAAGUGAGCUAACGUGUUUAGAUAUCUACAAGUAGGUUUUGUUUACUUCUGCAGACUUGGGACUCCAUGGAGCCAUGGCUUCCAGUGGAGCUGGGCAACAGGAAGUGAGCUAACGUGUUUAGAUAUCAACAAGCAGGCAUUGUUUACUUCUGGAGACUUGGGACUCUGUGCAGCCAUGGCUUCCAAUGGAGAUGGGCAACAGGAAAUGAGCUACAUUUUGGAAAGCAUGUUUUGCAAGCAGAUGGGCAACAGGAAGUGAACUAACGUGUUUAGAUAUCUACAAGCAGGCUUUGUUUCCUUCUGCAGACUUGAGACUCCAUGCAGUCAUGGCUUCUAAUGGAAAUGGGCAAUAGGAAGUGAUCUACCUGUCAGAAAGCAUGUCUUACAAGCAGGCUUUGUUUACUUCUGCAGACUUGGCACUCCAUGCUGCCAUGGCUUCAAAUAGAGAUGGGCAACAGGAAGUGAGCUAACGUGUUCACAUAUCUACAAGCAAGCUUAGGUUACUUCUGCAGACUUGGCACUCCAUGCAGCCAUGGCUUCCAAUAGAGAUGGGCAACAGGAAGUGAGUGAAUGUGUUUAGAUAUCUACAAGCAGGCAUUGUUUACUUCUGCAGACUUGGGACUCCAUGCAGCCAUGGCUUCCAAUGGAGAUGGGCAACAGGAAGUGAGCUACAUAUCGGAAAUCAUGUCCUGCAAGCAGGCUUUGUUUAAUUCUGCAGACAAUGGGACUCCAUGCAGCCAUGGCUUCCAGUGGAGAUGGGCAACAGGAAGUGAGCGAAUGUGUUUAGAUGCCUACAAGCAAGCUUUGUUUACUUCUGCAGACUUGAGACUCCAUGCAGCCAUGGCUUCCAAUGCAGAUGGGCAACAGGAAGUGAACUAAUGUGUUUAGAUGCCUACAAGCAGGCUUUGUUUACUUCUGCAGACUUGGGACUCCAUGCAGCCAUGGCUUCCAAUGGAGAUGGGCAACAGGAAAUGAGCCAGUGUGUUUACAUCUCUACAAGCAGGCUUUGUUUUCUUCUGCCUGGGAGACUAGGACUCAAUGGCUUCAAAUAGCAGCCAACGAAAAUGAGCAAGCAUGUUUACAUAUGCAAAUGAGGGCAUGUCUGAAGGAGGAAGGAAGGGAGCAAGGCUUGUUUACUUCUGCCUUGGAGACUGGUCCGAAUGGCAGGAAAAAUUCCAUUUGAACACAAGGAAGGAAGGAAGGACUUCUUGUUCAACAGAGGACGCUUUGGAACAGAGUCGAAAUAGCCAUCUGUCGGGGGUGCUUUGAUUAUGUUUCUACUGCAUGGACUCAAUGGCUCCAUGGGGUCUAUAUAGGGAAUGAAUGAACGGAGCAGCAAAACAAAGACAGCUUCCUUUCUCCCAUUUUGACGCCUUUAAAAGGCUUUAAAAGACUUUAUUCAAGGAAAUAAAUCAUUAGAUAGGGCCUGCCUAUCUAUCGGUCUUAUCUAACUAUAUUUCGGGAGACAUCUUGCCUCUCUCCAUGCUCACAGGAGGAGGGCAAAGUAGCAGAUCGGGAGCCUCUUGAGCGCAGGAGUGGAGCAAAGGAGCCCCAGCCAAUAAAUAUAGGAACAAAGCUUUAAAA